UAUUGGACAAAUGAAACUGUCGAUCCGACACCAAUCUCGUGCACCACGCUCAUUCUGAACGACUGCACACUGCCAGUGUAGAAGGUAAAGCGAAUAGGCGCUGCCAAUGAGUUCGUGGUGAAAAGCAGAGGAAAACGUGUUGAAGCAAGCCUAUCAUGCAAAGUGCAAAACAUAUCGACUAUAUUAGCGAACGUUAGUUCUGUUAUAGUCUACUACAGCGUUAGCUGCAGCAAAUUAAUCGUUAGUUGUCGGCCGUUAUAGCAAGCUAUCUGACGUUAUACACGACAUAUCAACCAGCCAGACAAGUAUUCUAGCUUGUUAAUGCACUGAUAUGGCAAACAUUGAUUUUGCAGGAAUAUUCAUUCUACUAUGUUUGGUUAUUACCGAAUUUUCUUGAAUAGUCGAACUCUUGUGUAUUUUUUUUAUUUCAAAUAAUUUGGUUCAUCAUUUAUCAACACUGUAAUUUAAGAAGUGGAAUUAAUAGUAGGUGGUUUCAAUCCUGAUUACUCCCCGGUCAUAGUCUUGGAAGUUUUAAGAUAUGUCCGUUAUUGCAAAUUCCUUGCUAUCGAUAGCCAGUUAACGUUUACAGAAGGCGGACAAUUUUGGCCGAAUGCCUUUUACUCGAUAGCCUAUGGAGCAAGUCCAGUGAACUAGCCGACUAGCUUAGUAAGUUAGCUAAUGUGGGAAAUAUUAAUGUUCGAGAUAGACUGUUAAAGUUAGCGUGAUUGUCUUGGAAGAUAGCUGGAUGCUGUACCUAGUCUCUUUUGCUGUGUGUAUUAUUACUGUUAGCAAGCGACUUAUGUAACCCGAUAGCAGUGACAGAACAUCUAAAACAUUCGAAACGUUGAGAUAUUUGCUAAGAUUUGCAUCCAUCUGCACACGAUUUGAUGUCGACCAGCAAAAAAACGAAUACUAUUUAAAUAGUAAAGUUAGUGCUGUGAUCGCUGAGAAACUGUGAAGAAGAACAGCGUUAGUUUUUGUUAGCUUGGCUGACAGAUCGCAAGCAGGAUGGAUGUUAUUGAUCCUGCGGAGCGGUGGGGCGCAUUGGCCAGCAAAGACGAAAACUCCCGAGAUCUGGCGAUGGAAACAAUAAGGCAAGAAGUGAUGAGGUGCGUCGAAAACAUAGGGCCAAUCGGAGAGGUAUCCUCGCCUCCCGCCUCCGCGGCCGUCUCUCAGUUUGAGCUGAACGCCGUGCUGGCCCGUCUGCUGAUGUUGUCCAAGAGAUGUCCCUACGCUGACGUCAGAGAGAAAUGCGCCUGGGUGCUGCAGAACGUCCAGGAAAUCGGAGUGAGGAUCCCAAGACCUAUAGGAAGUGGACCAAGCAGAUUUAUCCCAGAGAAAGAGAUACUCCAGGUUAGCAAAGUGGAUGCUAGGACGCAGUCGAUAUUUCAGGACGCGUUUUCCACGAUGGGACGCCUCGACAACAUCUCCUUGGUGAUGGGCUUCCACCCCCGCUACCUGGAGAGCUUCCUGCGGACGCAGCAUUACCUGCUCCAGAUGGACGGCCCCCUCUCUCUGCAGUAUCGUCACUACAUCGGCAUAAUGGCUGCAGCCCGGCACCAGUGUUCCUACCUGGUCAACCUGCAUGUCAGCGGCUUCCUGCACGUGGGGGGGGACCCCAAAUGGCUGAACGGCCUGGAGGGGGCCCCGCAGAAGCUCCAGAACCUGGGGGAGCUCAACAAAAUCCUGGCUCACCGCCCAUGGCUGGUGACCAAAGCACACAUAGAGCACCUGCUGAAGACCGAGGAGCACAGCUGGUCGUUGGCCGAGCUGAUCCACGCGGUGGUGCUGCUCACACACUACCACUCCCUGGCGUCCUACGCCUUCGGCUGCGGGAUCACCCCGGAGAUCCACUGCGACGGGGGCCACACCUUCCGCCCCCCCUCAGUCAGCGGCUACUGCGCGUGCGACAUCGCCAACGGCAACGGGGCCAUGGUGGAGAUGCACUGCAACCACCAGGGGACGGAGGCGUCGUGCGAGGUGGAGGUGCUGAUGGAGAAGAUGAAGCAGCUGCAGGAGUGCCGGGACGAGGAGGAGGCCACGCAGGAGGAGAUGACCACGCGCUUCGAGCGGGAGAAGACGGAGAGCAUGCUGGUGGGUGCCGCAGAGGAUGAAGAGAUGGUGCCCUCGAGAGACGUUUCCCGCCAUUUUGAGGACCCCAGUUACGGCUACAAGGACUUCUCCAGACGAGGGGAGCACGUGCCCACCUUCAGAGUCCAGGACUACAGCUGGGAGGAUCAUGGGUACUCCUUGGUCAACCGCCUGUACCCAGACGUGGGGCAGCUACUGGAUGAGAAGUUCCAGAUGGCUUACAACCUGACGUACAACACCAUGGCGACGCACAAAGACGUGGACACCUCCACUCUGCGGCGGGCCAUCUGGAACUACAUACACUGCAUGUUUGGCAUCAGAUAUGAUGACUAUGACUACGGGGAGAUAAACCAGCUGCUGGAUCGCAACUUUAAAGUGUAUAUCAAGACGGUGGUCUGCAGUCCGGAGAAGAUCACCAAAAGAAUGUAUGAAAGCUUCUGGAGACAAUUUCAGCACUCCGAAAAGGUCCACGUAAAUUUGCUUCUUAUGGAAGCGCGGAUGCAGGCUGAACUGCUGUAUGCUCUGAGAGCCAUAACUCGCUAUAUGACAUGAAGUGCUUUUUUGUUUUUGUUUUUUGUCCUUUUGUUGUUAUCCGUUUUUUUUCCAUUAUUUCUUUGUGUGUGCUCUCGUGGACAUUUCAAAGAAGCCUGAAUGUGACGUAAAUACUUUCACGACGGACGGCGAAAGCAAAAAAAAAAAAACAAAAGACGAAAAAACAACAAAAAAAGUCAUUUGAACCUACAGCUGGACAAACUGACUUGAUGGGGCUGCUCCAAUUGUGCCAAAACCCCCCCCCCCCCCUCCCCAGCAUCAGGGGGAGGCGCCUCGGCCCGAAGUCCACCCGCGGCUCGUCGCCUGAAGUACGGGAAGCUGAAGGCUAGCGUACGCCGUUCCUGCGCAGCGGCGCUAGCGCGCGCGUGUGCGUGUGAACCCGCCGCGGCGUCCGCGCCAGCGCGCUAGGCUAGGCUAGGCUACGCUACGAUGUUUAGUCUCUUUAUUCGUAUUAAAAACAGUGUGACGCAGUGGCAGCUGAGACUGAGAGGCGCUACCUGGCUGCGCGGCGCGGCGCGUGCCUGAAAUAGCGCACGGCCGGUAACGAGACGGGAGGAGAGAGAGAGAGAGAGAGAGGGACUCUGGGACGGGAUGCUGCCAUGCCCCCCUCCUCCUCCCCCCCCCCCAAAAAAAGCACAGCUGCUCAUGCUAAGCUAAGCUAACACAAGAGUGUAAAAACUGUCUGAGCCUACCCUGGUGGUUUACUCCUGAGAAACCACCCGCCCCCCUCCCCCUCUUGUUUUUUUUUUUUUGAGUCUACAUUGUGAUCCAGUUUAUAUUUGACCUUUGUAGCCUUUGGAAUUUCAAACGCAAAACACUUUUUGCGGAGGAAGACUGCUCCUGCUGUAGAACGACAAACAACAAACUUUUUUUUUUUUUUUGUUUGUUCUGUUAUAUUUUGUUCUUUUUUGACACAAAGCUUUAGUCCUGUUAAACAGUCUUCCUGCGUAAGCGCUUCCCUCCUUCGUCCCUAUCCUCACUUGUCUUCCAUACGAGGGGGGGGGGGGAGUGUGGGAUGGGGGGGGGCAUCUAACAUUUUCAGUUUUGCAUUUGAAUAUAAAUACCUCUGCGAGUGCUCGUGAGCACUGUUUUUCACCCUUCAGCACCCUGCCCACCCCCCCUCGAAGAUGCAACGGGGGUGGCGGGAGCAAGGGGGGGGGGGGGGGGUUCGCUGUUCCUUAUCUGCAUAGCUGCAGACAGGGGAUAACGUGCUAGUUAUUACUGUUGAAAUGUAACCAGUAUAUGCUGUUUGUUAUUGUCUUGUUUACUUCACCCGGUAAAUUACUGGAUUCAGACGAAGGUUGAAAUGGUUGGAUGGAAAAAUCCAAGAGGAGGAAUGUGGGGAGAUGGUACAUUUUUAUCAGAAGGCUUUGUGUGGAGCAUUGAGGUUUUCACAGAGGAUGGUGUCAGUUACUGGCGUUUUUAUAAAGAAUAAUAAAGUGUUUUCAUAUUUGGUGCAGAGCUCAAAACUAAUUUUCUUUGAUCAUAUCAGGUUACAUAAUAUAUCCCCCCUCUUGUGUGCAAUAACACUUCAAUGAAUACACAAGAUCUACCAAACGUGGAUUCACGCACAGACAUCUUCAAGGCCAAAAAGUAUUUUUUGAACAGUCAUGCUUCCAGUCCCAGAGUCAUACCCUUAACAGUUAAAUUUUGUCAUUGCCUUAAUUGCAUAACUGGGGGACACAGAAAUAAUUGGGAGCGUUCAUGUGGGACUGCCCCAUUGUCUUUGCCCCUUACAUCGGGUGUCAGUUUGUCCAUCCCGUUUCGAACACGCACACUCUAUACCUUCAGACCACAAUUACCAAACCGUUCUAUGCCAUAACAUAUCCAUAAUGUAAUCAUAGUCAUUAUUCGUUUUGAUUGUAGUACUGUAAUUUUAAUAUUGAAAUAUAAAAUACAGAACUAUUGGAGUUGAACGAUUCGUGAUGUCUGCGUUUAAAACAAUUGUAAGGACUGCAACGCUUACAAAAGCAAAUGGCCUAUUGGAAAUUAAUUUUGAUCAAGGAUGUCAUUGUACAUGAGAAAAUAUUCUCAAGUGACACACCUUGCCGUUUUAAAGAAUACAAGCGUAUUUCCAAAAUGUUAAAAUACUCCACAAUGACAAUGGUGCAACACCUAUUGCAUGCAUUACAAUAGGUUUAACCUUCACUGAUUUUUUUUCUUUUUUUACAUCUAUGGGCAAUUUAAAAGUUGAAUGUGUUUUUUGCUGGGAACAUAAGCCAGUUGUGAAUUUCUAUAUCCACAUAGUAUAUCUUUAAGAACUCGUAAGAGAUAUCACAUGACGUCUGAAGUGGCACUGUAAUAAACUGGGCACUGGGUGACCCGUAUGGGUGUAAUAGGACCAGAAGUGUUUGUUUUUUUUUUGGGUCCUGAGUGGGUCUCAACAUGUUCCUACUGCGGUCCUAGCCCAACAACAUAGCACUCUGUAGUUUAUUAUCCUUACAGAUCAGGGAAGAACGCAAAUAUCCGGGAAUUGGAUACCUCUGCAAAAGCUACAUCUGUACACUUCCUUGGCGCUGUUUCGCAUUCUUAUUGGCUGUUUCCAAGAACACGGUGUUAAAAACAUGCAUUCUUAUUGGCUGUUCAAAGAGAACUGGAUUAAAACACGCGUUUCAUUGGCUAUUCCAAGGCAAAUGGGGAAACGCUUGGCAAAUUAUCUGCUUUCUCAUGAUUGAUUAUUCCAUGUAAAAUUUUUAAAAUAUGUGAAGUGCAUCAUGAGUUUGUAAUUGUGGCUUUGUGAAUUAUAUGGAAAACGUAUUGUCGGAUUACUGUUAGUUACAUUGUAAUUGCGGCCUAUUACUGUGUUACUGGAAAGCAAAUGCAUUUUAAGUAGGGGAAGGGUGCCAUUUUGUGUCAUUUGAUGUGAUUAACGGAUUAUGAGGCUGUCACGAGUUUGUGUUCUGGUGGCAUCUCUUUGCCAUAUUUGUGUAAUAAAGCUUUUAAAAAGUUA